CAGCAAUGACAGACAUCACAGGCCGGUGCAGUGUGCUCCACUCCCCUGGCUCAGUGCUUUAAAUCGCCGGUAGCCCUGUCUUGCCCAAGCUGCCUGCUUUUAUAGGAGGCUGAAGGCUCUGCACGGCAGACUGUGCUCCAUCCACACACCAUGCCCAGCCGCCUCCUGACUGCCGCACCGUGAGCUGCGCGUAUCGUGGAACUUGCCAGUCUGCUGGGUGAGUAGGAAAAUAUAUGAAUGGGCAAAGGGCGGGGGGGGGGCACUCAUCACUCAGUGAGCCUGGCAUCACUAUCCAUAGAGCUCACACUCCUUGUUAGUGAUCACAUCCUGGAGGAGCAGGUGUCCGGUGGGUUUAAUUCAUCCCUGCCCUCACUAAGCUACAAAAUGAAUAAAUGUCUCUUUAAGAGAGCCCAGGAGCCUAUCACAUAGCUGGCUCAGGGUUCUCGGGAUUCCACGCUGUGUUCCAGAGAGAGACACAUUGUAUCCGCUGUUGGAUCCAUUCUCCCGGCUCCCUCGCUGCUGAAAUGCCAUGGUGAUCAAACCGCCUCUUUAAUGAUGGAGGAUUAUAAAACAUGCAUCUUCCAGGGCAGCAUCACUGUGGGGAGCCUUGCACAAGGCAUUAUUUAUGCAAUGCCCAGACAUCAUGAGCUAUGAAUCGGAAUCAUUUAGCCACAAUUAGAGCUUUCUUUUAAUAUCAAUAUAAAUAAAUCUUUGGGUGCAAAUUUUUAAGCUUUUUUCCUUUAAUGAAUGUUAAUCCCAUGCUGUCUGCAGGGCCAAUGUCUGAGUCUAAAAGUCAUGGUUGAGCUUUGAUCUCCCGCUCAGCACUUGAUGUAUGGAAAGUGCAGCAUCUUGUCUAUUGCAUCAGAAAGUGAGGGUUGUUGCUGCUGAGAUGUACACAUAGUGUAAUGUUUGGUAUUUUUUUUUUUUCUUUCCCCCCUGUGUUCACACGACCUUUUACAGAAGGUUCAAGUGAAUAGUCUGUUCAGUGUGCUCAGGAAAUAAUCAUAUGUAGGGCUUUGACACCAGUAAUAUUGAGAGCUGCUUCAUUACUUUGAUUGCUGCUGGGAUCUUUUGGGGCCAGACAGGAAAUGUUGUUGUAAAACUAUAUAUUAUGUAACUAGCUUUAAAAUAUACUAAUAUUGGGGUUUUCAGUGAUCUGAAUUUAUAACCAUAAUUCAAAAUAAAAUAUUAGACUCAAUAAGAGUUGAGUACAGUUUCACUAUACAGACCGGGUCAAUUAAAAAGACUGAAGUUUCAUUAUUAUAAACACAAGUUUAUAUACCUUUUUAUUUGGUUUGAUGAUAAACAGUUGAGUUCAUGAAGCUUCAGCGUGAGUUAAAGGGGGGUGGAGGGUGUAGUCACCUUUACAGAGGAUGCUUGGUAAAAAUGCUGUGAUGGACACACUUUAUUUUAUAACCUUUUCUUCUACCUUAUGAGACUAUUUUAUUUCUGUGAUGUUUGUCGUCUGUUAGUGCUUUCUAAUAGUUUUGUGAUAGAUAUAGAUAUAUAUAUAUUAAACACAUAUCUGGCUGUUUUUAUUUUAUAUUAAUGGCUAAUUAUCAAUCCCUAAAACUAAAUGGUGCUCCCCACUUUGUUUUUGUACAUUUCCUGGAGAAAUUUAAAUAAUUUUGUACUUCAAAGGGCUCUGCGCAGAGUUUAAACAAUGUAUUCCUUAUUUGUAUAACUACAUGAUUUCUAGUGUUGGAAGUAAGCUAAAGAUUAGUUUAAUACAUACCUUUUUAUUAUUUAUCUAGAUAAUUCCAGGGUAAUAGACAAGAAGGGCAUAGAAUUGGCAUCCAUCCAUCUAGGAUACAAAAUGGCCUCCGGCAUAUUGGAAGGUGCCAAUACAAGGGCAGAUGUAGCAAACUGAAAAAAAUAUUUAUGUUCUUGUCCUUACCUUUUUAUGUGUGGGUGUUUUUUUUUUUUUCAUUUAUCUUUGUGAAUGUCACUGGAAUAACUUGUGGAGGUUGGACGUGGUGGCCCUUACCUAGGAGUUUUUUUUUUUUUUAAAGAUCCUAUCAGGGGACAUUGGUGGAUACCUUCCUUCCUGUAUUCUAUGUAUAAGGAAUGGAGAGUGGUGGUAAGUAAUUAGCAGCUAGAUCCCCUUUCCUCUCAUUCUCUAUGCUGUUGCAUGAGCAGGUAAUAUUUUGAUAGGGUGCUCUAUAACCUACAUAAUAUACAUGAUGUUGAAGAGCUUCUUAUUCAUCUAACUUCUUAUCAAAACACGACUUUUAUUCAUUCAAAAUGUAUGUGAAUAUUAUGAACGCUGCAAUAUAAAUAUUUCUUGAUUAAUACAGUAUUCAUGUGCAAGCCAUAUUUCUACACAUUUCUGAUUUUAUAAUAAAUAAUGAAAACAAUACUAAAUGUUAUUAGUUAUAUAAAUUAAGUUGGCUCAUUCAAAUUGGCUAUCAAAUAUCUAUCUAUCCUAACUCUGGCACUCAACCCCAACCAAAACACAUAAAGUAAAUCUACCCGGGUGCUUCCCAGCAAAUAGUAUAAACAAAAGUGAAAACACGAGCACACUCUUGGCUUUCCAAAUAGAUUUCAAAAAAUAAUCAACACCUCUACAUCAACGUUUCCACCCUUCAGGGUCUUUAUCAAGCUUGAUAAAGACCCUGAAGGGUCAAAAUGUUGAUGUAGAGGUGGUGAUGAUUUUUUGAAAUAUAUUUGGAAAUCCAAGCGAGUGCCCCUGUUUUCACGUGUGUGUGUGUGUGUGUGUGUGUGUAUAUAUAUAUAUAUAUAUAUAUAUAUAUAUAUAUAUAUAUAUAUAUAUAUAUAUAUAUAUAUUUAUUAUUAUUAUUAUUAUUAUUAUUAUUAUUAUUAAAUUUUUUUUUAUUUUUUUUUUUCUUGGCUUUUUGCGGAAAACUUCCCUUAUGCAGAAGAGGUGGAAAUUAAUCUGGUUAAGAUAAAUAUAAUUUUUACACUAACAUAUGGUUAAGCAAUUUCAAGGUUAAUAUUCUUUCUUACGUGUAUGUCGUAAUAAUUGUCUCUAUAGACCGAUAUUGUACAAAUAGGUUAAUUAGAUCACCGGUUUUAGUAACUACGUUGCUCGUUUAUUAUACACUUUCCACAGUUCAACUCCUGUUCUAAUUGGUUUCUAAUUAUCCAGUUUUCAUCAGAGCACAAUCAAGUCCAAUUUUUCUGUCACAAUGAAUUUGCUUCUGUUCGGGUCAGAUACAUGUCCUACCUCCAGCUGCUAUGCAUAACAAUCCCAUCAUGCUUCACUACAACACCUUUAACCACAUUCUUCCAUUUGACCGUUUUUUUUGUUUUUUUUUGAAGGCUAUUCCUCAGUAAAUGGUGUAACAAUUCACUGCACUGUUUACAUCUUUUUUUUUUUUUUUACGAAAAUGUUUAUAAAAAUGCAACUGUAAUGGUGCAUUACUUUUAUUAUGUUUAUACUUUUACCUUUUCUAGUUUUUGAAUUCAGAAUUCCACGUUCAUUGUCAAACUUAGAUUUACACGAUGUGUAAAUGUGUAUAUAAAUAUCUAUCUCAUUUUUAUUUAAAUUUUUUAAAUGACCAGUGCGCCAAUUUCUACUUAUUUAUUUCCUCUUCCAAAUGCUAACUUAUACUGUUAUGUAAAAUUUGGCUUUUAACAUAUCCCUUUACAAUCUUCAUUUUGAUCUUUGGGUAUGUUUCCUCGUGUUUACGAUAAUACACUUUGGGUCUAUUCAUCAGAAUAUCUUGGCGUUUCUCCAGUUUCCUUCUUAAUGGAGUACUGAAUGUUUGCCACGAGCUGGGAAUUCUGUUUUUCCUUCUAUGUAUAUUUAGACCCUGAAAGUGACUGAAAUGACUGUUUUUUUUUUUUUUAGAGACCCAACUCAAUCAAACUUUUUUUUUUUUCCUCCAUAGAUGUACAACAUAUUCCACUUGCUGCUACUGAGUGUAACACAUGCUUUGACUUCCUGUGAAGUUGACUCAUUGCUGUCAAACUUGUGCACAUUGACAUACUGCUUUAAACCACAUGUUCAUGGGAGAUUAUCAUUCUAUUAUCUCACAAACCUAUCUGCUUUAAGAUUCCGCACGUUUAGCGCAAUACUCUUGUUGCCCACUGAGAUUUUGGUUAGAGAAGUGGCAUUUGGAUCCUUCUGUGCGAGGAUUAUACUUUAUUACAUAUCUCCUGCUCCAAUUCUCCCCCUCUCCCCCUCCUGUUUUUGAAGAGCACACUGUUGCAUCUUUUAUAUCCAUUUUCAAUACAUGUUCUCAUACAGACCUUGCAAACUCUGUUUUACAGCUUUUCUAUGAGGCUUGAAGUUGUGCUGAACUUGGAACUUAAUGUAUUCAAGAAAAAUAUAGAUGAAAGUACUUGAUAAGGUAAUAUGCAAUUAUGCCUCCCAAAGCUCAGCGCUGUACAACCAAAUAGAAAAGAAAAGGCGACCUCGAACCUAAAAAAUGGGGCUCCAUCAAAGAACCAACAGAAAUAAAAUAAUGCAUUAUGCAUCACAAAUUGUAAGCUUGUUUGAGCAGGACCCUCUUAAUCUUAAUUAUAUCUGUUAACAUUUUUUUUGUGUGUAUUAUCUUUUUUUCAUUAAAGUUUUCUUGGUAAUAGAGGGGGAGGGGGGGAUGUGUGUGUGUGUGUGUGUGUGUUUUGUUAAAGGGUUACUCAGGGCACCAUGACCUCUUCAUGAUUUGAAGUGGUCAUGGUGCCUGGAGUCUGUAUGUACAGUGUUUCACUUUGAAACACUGCAUAUAUGAAGUUUACACCUCCAGCAGCAGUGGGGUUAACAUCACCUCCAGCAGUAACAUUGGGGCGUCAUUAGCCAGGACACGGAACAAGAGUUCCAGACUGGCUAAUGUAAAUGCUGUGUAUAUUAUUCCUAUACACACAUUAAUUGGCUGAGAGUGGUCAGCUGAUGAUUUCAGCCAAGGAAUUUGACUGUAGAAGCAUCCAGCUUCAGCAACUUUUCCGAAGCCAGAUGUAUGUAACCAGAGCAGGGAGAACCAUCAACACCUGGUGGGGACCCAGCUAACAGGGCAAAUCAUUGCAACAUGAUGGUGACCUUUAAUUGGAAACAGGGCUAGGAGGGUACUUUUGGCAUCAUGAUGCUUGGAGUAACCCUUUAAGUUUGAAUAAAAAGGAACACUUUAUAAAGUCAUAUUCCAUUAAGGUUCCUAUUUUAUAGGAACAAUUACAUCACCAUGGGUGCACACCAUAAUUAUGUGCUGUAAACACCUAUGUUGGCAUGCCAGUUUUUGAGGGAAAGUCUUUAAAAUAUCUGCAUCGCUACUGUACACAACUCUACAUUUACUGUGGGAAUAAAAAUCUGUUUUAACGUUAUAUCUAUAUUUCUCCCCCCUCCUCUUCCCUCCCCGCCAGAUUCAAGGUAUCUGUCCUUGCAUUUGUACACUGACUGACAAAGUUAUCUGAAUUUAAUUUAAAAUCUAAAACUAUUUUGAUCCUUGCAGCAUUAAGCCUGGAAAGAAGAGUGUGACUUACUGAACCAGGAUUUCAUCAGUAAUUUUGCAACCAGAAAAAAUGCCUUUAGCAGAAGAAAGUACCCUACCAAGAGAUCCGCCUCUUACGCUCCCACUAGUUAUCAUAGGUAAGGUGCAAUUGAUUUGUCCUACGCCAUUUCAAAGCCGUGUCCUUCAAAUGAGAAAUGGGGAGGCGGGGGACUAGGUUGCAAUCUAUUCAGAUUAUAUUCCAUGUUAUUAUUAUAAAUAUUAUUUCAACAUCUUUUAACGAAGAUUAAACAAGAUUAGUUCGUUUGAGAUGACUGCUCCUGAAUUGUUAGUUUCUAUAUCAUGUAACUUUCCUUGAGACCUGAUUAAAACCAUGUUUCAUUCAAUUGGUUAACUGUUUCUUUCCUAUUCGUUGGACUGUAUUGUGUGCUAGCCUUUCAAAUACUUGAUGUACAUUGUAUAAGGGUUAAAGAAAAUUGCAAUUCUCCUGUUUGCUGCCAAGUGUGCAUUCUACUAGAACCUUCAAAUUCCUGUCUUUUGCAGCAAUUGUUUAAAUGUCCACAAGCAUUCUUUGGUUUUUUUAUAUUUGUGGUAGAUUGUGCCAGAGUCUAUUGUACUUGUGUUCAAAGCAGUCUGGUUACAAAAUACCCCAAAAACGUUAAUUCUGUUCACUUUAUUCUAUAUUUGAGAGAUUUCUUGAAACCAAAAGUUCACAAGAACAUAGUAUGUUCUAAAGAUGUUCCACCUUCUGGGAUAAAACGUAGUAGUUCGAUGAUUAGCUGAAGGGACCACAAAGGACGUAUUCUAGUUUAAAAAUGUUUUGACUAAAAGUCCUAAAUGCCUAAUGUAAAUCUCUAGAAUGUACCCUUGACACAGCUACAGCAUAUAAGACACAAUUCCUUAAAUCCAUUGCGGUGUUAGACCUUUAAAUGUGUUACAUGUGACUGCAAGUCUACUUGGUCUGCAAUGCGCAAUGACUCUAUUAAUAAAUAACAUUACAAUGUAAAGACUAAAGAAGCUGAUCAUAAUCUAUAUGCAAAGCUAGACAAAUCCUCUAUAUAUAGUCUACCAAAGUGACAAGAGUAGGCAUAUUGUCUUACAAACAAUAUCAUCGUUUGUGCAUGACGCCCUCAGUAAUAGGAGGAAAUUGAACUCUGUUUGCUAUCUAGGAAACAGGCUGCUUAGAAAGGACCACUUUUAAUUUUUAUAGAUAAUCGUUUAAAAUUACUGAAAUAAAAAUAUAAUCUUAGUUUUAUACUGUGUGUGUGUGUGUAUGAUAUAUAUAUAUAUAUAUAUAUCUAUAUCUCUUAUUGUACAGUGCUGCAGAAUUUGUUGGUGCUUUUAUAAAUAAUAAUAAAUUGUGUGUGUGUGUGUGCAACCUCCAUCAGUUUGACUCCUUCUGAAUUAUGACCAACCUAAGAAUCUGUCGUGCAGGGUUAAUGGAAGGGCAUGUAGAUAAAGCACAAUGGAAUGUCAGAUCCAGUAGCCAAUCAGAACCUGUUCGAUGCUGGCAAUUAAUACCCACAUCUAUUGAUCCAAGUAGAAAUAAACUGGAGUGAAGGUGAAAUGAAUGAAUGGAUUUUAUGACAAAGAAAAUAUGAUGUCCAGAAAUCAUCCAUUCCUCCUAAAAGGAACAGUAUAGCGUUGGGAAUACAUAUUUGUAUUCCUAAUGAUAUUUCGCCUUGGUCAAUAUUUAAGUUACUGGCCAGUGCUGACAGAGUUAACCCCCUUAAGGCCCAAACUUCUGGAAUAAAAGGGAAUCAUGACAUGUCACACAUUUCAUGUGUCCUUAAAGGGUUAAAAGAGGUAUUUUACUUGGGCUUUUUUUUUUUUUUUUUUUUUUUUUGCAGUGCUGGUUUUCUUUGUGAAGCUCCACCUCUUUGGCUGAGAUCAAUGUUGAUGAUUUCAGACAAUCCAAUACUUUCCCAUAAGACCGCAUUGGGAGGCCAGUACGCAUGAGUGGCACUAUCAGAUGGUCUCCCUGAGAGUCUCAUUCUGCUAUUUCACUGAUGCACAUCUAAUGGAUGUUAUAGUAGGUUAACCCUGCAAAGUAAACAUUGUUAUACCUGCAGGACGGCACAUGGCACCCAGACCA